CGUGCCGGUGACGUUCAUGCUGCCGGCCGACUACAACCUGUUCGUGGAGGAGUUCAGGAAGAGCCCGUCCAGCACGUGGAUCACGAAGCCGUGCUGGAAGGCGCAGGGAAAGGGCAUCUUCCUCAUCAACAAGCUCUCUCAGAUCAAGAAGUGGUCCCGCGACAGCCGCACGUCCACGUUUGUGGCAGCGAACAGUGGGAAGGAGGCGUACGUCAUCUCUCUGUACAUCGACAACCCUCUGCUGAUCGGCGGGGAGGGAGUUCAACCUACGUCUGUAUGUGCUGGUGACCAGCUACAGGCCGCUCAAGUGCUACAUGUACAAACUGGGCUUCUGCCGCUUCUGCACGGUCAAAUACACGCCCAGCACCAGUGAGCUGGACAACAUGUUCGUGCACCUCACCAACGUGGCCAUCCAGAAACACGGCGUGAGUCGCUCGCACCCACAGCUAGAGUCUGAGCACUGCACAACCACUGAUUCAAACAAAAGAUUCGUAAAGUUUCAUGAAGUUUGAAAUCGCUCAUCACUAGAUACUGUGAAAUAAUGUCCUUAUUUUGUUGUUUUGGCACACAAAAAGUGUUCUCGUCGCUUUAUAGGGCUGGGAAAAAAUAUCGCUUUCUCGAUUUUAAUGGAUUCUCAUUUUUACGAACCGAUAUCGAUUCUUAAAUCCCAAGAUUUACUUCAAAUCUUUUCAGCUUGGCAGUUUGACACGCGAUCUGAAUCACUGAUUCGAAACAAAAGAUUCGAAGUAGCGCUUUGAAAUCGCCCAUCACUAGAUAUUGUUGAAAAGUCGCUAUUUUGUUUUUCUGGCACACAAAAAAAUUUCACCAAAAAUAUCUUAAUUUGUGUUCAGAAGAUGAGCGAAUUGUUGGUAUUUUGGCCAAUUGAGCAUGUUGAAUCAGUGUCCGUCAGUGAGAGAGAUCUCUGUGAUUGGCUGUUCAUCUUAGCGAACAAAUCAGAGCACGGGAAUAAACGUGAAAGUAAUGAAAGCGAGCAGAGUCAAAACAGCUUUCCCUUUUGAUUGACGAAUAUAGACUAUUGAUACCUGCUGAUAUAGAGCCAUAUUUCCUGACUAGGCUUGCAAAGGGGCGGUUUCCAUGGGAAUUUAACCUGGGGAAUUUUGGAAAUAUUCCAAUUUGGAAACUUAACAGGAAUUUAUGAGAAUUUAUGGGAAAUAAUUGGAAGUUUUGGUAAAUUUUUAUAAAUUUAUAAUAUUUAUAUAAAAUAUAAUAUAAAAACAAAUAUAAACAUUUUGUUUGGUCAUAACAUGA